AUGGUGGAUCAUCAUUCUCAUAGCAUAUCGCUCUAUGUCAUCAAGCCCGGUCAUCAGGCUAUUGAAAGUGUCCACUCAUCUAAUGUUUUUCAUAAGAUUGUUGAGAACCUUGCCAGAAAUCGCUUUGUUUUCGUGGUUUUUGAUGAAAAUGGUUUUGAUGCGUUAAAAGGAAUUUGA